AUGAAUUGUAUGUUCUUGUUCAAAUCAAAGAAACCUAAACCCAGAAAUCAACAAGGAGACAGCAACAAGAAUAGCAAAAAGACCAAAAGAAAAGGAAAAGAGACGCAAAAUUCAGCUCCAGAGUUGACGACGGAAACGUCGUCGUUUAAUCUCCAAACGCCGAGAUCUUUGCCUUCUCCACGAAGUAUCAGAGACUUGUAUACAGAGAGAGAACAGAAUCUUAGGGUUUUCACUUACCAAGAACUCAGUGAAGCCACUUGUUGUUUUAGCAGGAAGCUCAAGAUCGGUGAAGGUGGAUUUGGUAGUGUUUAUAAAGGAAAGGUUUUGAUCACAGGAGCAGAUUCUGAUUCCAAUUCUUCAAUUGUCGUCGCCAUUAAGAAACUCAAUCGACAAGGAUUGCAGGGUCACAAGCAAUGGCUAGCAGAGGUUCAGUUUCUAGGGGUAGUGAAUCACCAGAACGUUGUGAAGCUCUUAGGUUAUUGCUCGGAAGACGAUGGCGAGACCGGGAUUGAGAGGCUUUUGGUUUAUGAGUUCAUGUCGAAUCGAAGUUUAGAAGACCAUCUUUUCACCCGUGGAUCCUACACAUUGCCGUGGAAACAAAGGCUUAAGAUCAUGCUUGGUGCAGCUGAAGGAUUAGCUUAUUUACAUGAAGUUAAGGUGAUAUACAGAGACUUCAAAUCUUCUAAUGUGCUCUUAGAUGAUGAAUUAUGUCCGAAAUUAUCGGACUUUGGUCUGGCCAGAGAAGGACCUCAGGGAGACAAUACUCAUGUUACAACCGCAAGAGUUGGAACACAAGGCUAUGCAGCUCCUGAAUACGUGCAAACCGGCCAUCUUCGGUUAAAGAGCGAUGUGUACAGUUUCGGAGUUGUGCUGUACGAGAUCAUAACCGGACGCAGAACCAUUGAGAGGAACAAGCCAGCGGCUGAGCGAAGGCUAUUGGAUUGGGUUAAAGAAUAUCCUGCCGAUAGUCAACGCUUUAGCAUGAUCGUUGACCCAAGGCUACGCAACAAUUAUCCAGCUGCUGGAGCCAGGAAUCUGGCUAAACUGGCUGAUCUUUGUCUUAAAAGGAACGAUAAAGACCGACCGUCCAUGGAGACUGUAGUGGAAAGACUGAAGAAGAUAGUUGAAGAGUUCGAUAAUGGAGAUUGUUCCAAGGCUAGUCUGGUGAGGAGACAAGUGGCAGAACCUGUGAAGGUGAAGCCAAGUUUGAGAGGAGGAGUUAGUGUUAGAGGAUGA